CGUUACUUUUCUGUGCACAGCUGAUAUUCGAGCAAUUAUUUCAUUCAUUGUAGUACAACGCGCUAUUGAUAUUUCAAUAAAGUUUUCUUAACAGAAAUUUAUCAAGACACUUGUCCAAACAUGUUGAAAUUAGUGGCGCAGCAAUUGCGUCAUCAAAUGCGCCUGAUUUCUCGUGCUAGUGAUGUCAGUUAUACCAAGGCCACAGCUAGUGUCACCAGCGGCGUAUCUUCGUCACAAGAACAACAACAGUCCACGCAACCGCCAUCGAUUGAGGUAAAUAAAGCCCUUGAAGGUUGGCCCGAAAAACUACGUAAAGCUGGCGUAGGUGAUAUUGAUUUUAAUUUAAAGUGUUUGGUAGCACAUGUGCUGGGCAGAAAAUUUAAUACGGUAAAAGAUUACAAUAAUUUACUUUUCACCGAUACCCAAAUGCAAAACUUUGAGCGUCUUUGCGAGGCACGUUGUGCGCGAAUGCCACUGCAGUAUAUACUUGGUGAAUGGGACUUUAUGGAUUUGACGUUGAAGACUUCGCCUUCAGUAUUUAUUCCACGUCCAGAAACUGAGGAAUUCGUUUCAAAAGUAAUUGAGGUAUAUCGUGAUGUUAAAGAACCAAUUAAAAUGUUGGAGGUUGGUUGUGGCUCCGGUGCUAUGUCGUUGGCUAUUUUGCACGCCUUACCCAAUGUGCAAAGUACAGCAAUUGAACGAGGAAAUGCUGCUACAGAGUUGGCUAGAGAAAAUGCCAAAUUAGUGGGUUUAGAAAGUCGGUUUAUCGUAUAUCAUCACACUAUGGAAGAAGACAAGUAUCUGCCAUCUGAAUUGGCAAACGAAACGUAUGAUUUAAUAAUUGGAAAUCCUCCUUAUGUAAAAUCGGAAGAAUUUCCACUAUUACAGCCCGAAGUUGUAUGUUAUGAGAACUUGAAUGCUUUAGAUGGUGGACCUGAUGGCUUACGUGUAGCACGUUUAGUUUUUAAUUUAGCUUGUAAACAUUUGCGCCCAGGAGGCAAAUUGUGGCUUGAAUUGGGAGAGGAUCAUCCACCACUCGUGCAAACCAUUAUGGAUACACAAUAUGAAGGUCGCUUGCGUUAUAUUGCCGGUUACAAAGAUCAAUAUAAGCGCAAUCGGUUUGUUGAGAUAGAAAAACCUGAAACUGCUAAUUAAAUGAUAAAUGAUAGACGCAUAUGGAAACAUAUAAGCAUUAGAAGCUACAGCUUUUAAAAUUGAGAUUCGUGUGAUAAAUUCUCCAAAUUAGCACUUUACUUGACUACCUUCUAGAUAAUUAGCAUGCAUUUAAUGCAUACGGUAUUUUAAUGUAAACUUUAAAGAUGCUAUAAAAAGUAUUUAUCUGUGUUAAUAUCGUAUUAAAUUUGCAAGUGUGCAAAUAAAAAUAAGAAAGAAAAAAAUAUAUUGCUUUCUGCAUAAA